AUGUCGACGAUAUCACACAACGAGGUCCGACUUUCCAGGUCGAUGCUUUUCGACCUUCUCGACGACCUCCAGAGCAGGACUCUUCUCGAAUUCCGCACCCAAAUUCGUCUUUUCAUUCACGGCGGUGCCGUGAUGAUCCUACACAGAUCCCUCUCUACUUCCAGCACACGUAGAACGACUAGAGAUAUAGACUAUAUCCGACGUGCGUUCGGACACGAGUGGAGAAAACGUGGCGUACAUGACGCAGAGGAGCGGUUGCAGGCUUGUAUUAACGCCACAGCCCGUAAAUUCGAGGUUGGCACCGACUGGAUGAAUGCCGACCCGGACGUCGCUCUUCCUUUCGCUCGGGAUCCCAGAGGUCACAUCUACGACCCCAUAUACCAUGACUCCAAACAACAAAAUAACAUAGACAUGAACACCAUAUACGAAGCACCUGGCCUACGCCUCAUCAGCGUUACCAUGUUCUGGGGCGUCGCUCUGAAACUAGUACGGUACAAGAAAGAAGACCCAAAGGAUAUCGUUGCAAUGUUAAAACAUGGUACCAAGUUAAAUGGGGUACAGUGGACGCCAACACUGAUGGAAGAGUGGAUCAAGGCGCUCUGUUGGCCAAUGGGUUAUAGUCAAUAUCAUCCACAGCAGUCGGAAGAACUCAGGACGCGCAUACGCGAUGCCGUACGACUUGUUCAGAUGUCUUCGGACGAUCAGGAAGGUAUCGACGGUCCCGACGGGUUUUGCUUGCUCGGACAGCACCGCUUAUCACAAUCACCCUCCAAUACCCAAGCAGCAUAA